UGUCAUCACCUGCAAAAAUUAUGCUUAACUUUUCCAGCAGUUCAGUCUUCCCGAAAGUGUUUUUUUCAGCUUUUUGUAGUGCCGCCUUUUAGUGUUUCUUGUUAACUAGUUAAUUAAACGAAGCCCAAUUCAAAUAGUGCUGCAAUAGUGGAAUUAAAACUGUGAUCUAAAUUUAUGUGUGUUUUGAGUGCAUUAAAAAAAUGCCCCGUCCUUGGGAUGAUUUUUGGGAUGCUGUUGUAUUACAUUUAUUGGGAAAAUAAAGACUAAACACAGCGUAUUGGAUUUAGGAAAAACCGCAGCUGUUUUCCUUUUGUGACAGGUGCAGCGGCACACUCACACAUACAUUCAUACCUGCAUUUAGUCCGCCCGUCCAUUAAAACAAAAACAACCAUGGCUGGAACGGCGACCGCGACGCCAAUGGAAAUUGACGAAUUCAUAAAUGGAGCACUCGUUUCUUGGCUGGAAUCAUGUCUGCCACGUGCCGAGCUCCUUGCGGGGUACACUUCCCUGCUGGACGGCCACAUAAUCCACAGCGUCUGGCUGCAAAUCGAUCCGGAGCCGCAAAAUAACCCCACUGAGCUGUCCGACUUAAACGGGAAGUCCCUGAGCAUUGCCAGAGCCAAGAACUUUGAGUGCAUCGUAAGGAAUCUGAAAUCGCUGUUCGAAGAGGAGCUCGGCCAGACCAUUUUGGUUCUCCCAGAUGCGUUUACUUUGGGUCACCAUCCGGAGAGCAGAAACGGCCUAGACCAGAUGAAAACCCUGCUGACCCUGCUCCUUGGUGCAGCUGUGCAGUGUCCCAACAAGGAGCUGUUCAUCGCCCGCAUCAAGGAGCUGGAUCUGGAGACGCAGCAUGCCAUCGUGGCUCUGAUCAAGCAGGUGACCGACAGCCACAGCCUAGUGCUCACAGAGGACUCCCUGGAGCGGCUAACCCCGCAGAGUAUGUACUCGCACAUCCUGCGCUUGACCAAGGAGAGGGAUCUUAUGUACCUCAAGUGGAUUGACCUUGCGUGUGUGGAGCACGAAUUGGCAGCCAGUGACAAUUUGGUGGAGUGCAGCCAGGGAGUCAAUGUGCCGCGAUCGCCCUCAAAUGGAACUGCCACCUCGACGCCUUCUUCUUCUUCUAACUCGGAGAGCAACCACCUAGCCGUGGAGUGCGCGGAUCUACGCUCGAAGAACCGGAAACUGCGACAGGAACUUGAGGAAAAGUCUGAAAAUCUGCUGGAACUGCGAGAGGAGCUGGACGACAAGAAGGCCCGUUUCGACAAGUUGCGCCAGGAGAGCCAGGAAUGGUUUACGGAGGCCAAGCGGGCAGCUGCCUAUCGCGACGAGGUGGACAUCCUUAGGGAGCGGGCCGAACGCGCUGAUCGACUGGAGGUUGAGGUGCAGAAGUACCGCGAGAAACUGGGUGACUCGGACUUUUACAAAUCGCGUGUUGAGGAGCUCCGCGAGGAUAAUCGUGUGCUUCUUGAAUCAAAAGAAAUGCUGGAGGAGCAGCUGCAGCGCUAUCGCAAAAGGUCUGAGCACGCCAUCUCCUUGGAAUCCGAGAUCAUAAAAUACAAGCAAAAGCUCAACGACAUGGCGCUCGAACGGGACGUGGAUCGCUCCAAACUGGAAGAGCUGCUGGAGGAGAAUGCCCAACUGCAACUGGUGGCCAGAAAUCUGAACUCCACGAUGGAUCUGGAUAAAUCUUUUUCCGAAAACGAAGACGACUGCAACUCCGGCGACAACAGCUUGUCUGAACAACUCACUAAUAAUGCCCAGACCCGUGCUCUUAAGUUGGAGCUGGAGAACCGUCGCUUGACUGCCGCCCUGGAACAGCUAAAAGAGAGCAGCUUCCACGAGUCCACCAGCAAAAUGCUGGAACUGGAGAGAAAAAAGAAGCUCUCCCUAAAGGCCGAGCAGAUGCAGGAGAACAUCCUACGAUUGACCCAGCAAAAUGCGGAACUUGAGAGCGUCUUUAAGAAUGCUCUGGAGGAGAACAAGAAACUACAGGACGCCGUCGACAGUCGCCAGAAGAGCUACGAUCGCCAGAGCUUGGAGCGCGAGGCUGACCGUCAGAAGCUCUCCGAUGCGGAGCAACAUGUAGAGACUCUAAACAAGGAGAAGCAACGCAUUCAGACGCUGAACGAAAGCAUCCAGCGAAGAGCGGACGAUCUCGAACGACUGGCGGAGAGCAAGUCAAAGGAACUGGAGCAGUACUCGGAGAAGUCCAAGCAGUACGAGCACACCAGGCAAAAGCUUUACGAAAUCGAGGCCAAGGUUUCGGCUUUCGAGCGCGAGAACGCCAGCCUGCUAAAGGAAGUUUCCAAACUGAAGGAGGGCAGCGAACAAAAGUCCGUCCAGCUGGACGAAAGCGUCAACCGCCUGGAUGUACAGGCCAAGGAGAUCCAAAAGUUGGGCAAGGCACUUGAGGAAUCAGAGCAGGUGCACCAGAAGCUUUUGGAGCUGGAGAAGCAGAACCAAGAGCUGGUUUCGCAGCGCAACAUUGAUCAGGAGAUGAUUAGCACGCUUCGCAACGACCUCGUCACUGGCACCCUGGUAACGAAGAAGGUGCGGCGCAACCUGGAGAAGCUGGGACUGGCCGACGAGGAGCCCGGCGAGCUGAAUGUGGAGCAUGUGGUAGAGAAACUGGUGCGCAACCCGGAAACCUUCAAGACGGUGCGUGAAAUCAUGCUGAACGUGACGCGCGAGCAGCAGGAGGAGGAGGAGCGAGAGGGCGGCGUAAAGUCGGACAUGUGUGUGCUGUGCCACCGCCAGGAGAUCUUCACGGUGGAAAAGAAAAUCGAGCUGGCGGCCGCUCCAGUUCCUGCCCCGGCGCAACCGUCUUCCCAGGAGCUCCGUUUCGAGCACAAACUGCGACUGAGUCCGGCACGCGAAUCAGCAGAGCUGACGCGCAUCAAAGACUGCAAUACACAGCUGCAGACGGAGAACGCCCGGCUCAGCGUGGAUGUGGCUGCCUUGGGCUCGCAGAUCACGUCCCUAAAUACCCAGCAUGUGGCUCUUCAGCUGGCCAACUCACAACUGGCGGCCGAGAAGGACACGCUCCUCAAGGACAUCGACUCGCUGCAACAGGAGCACAAGCACGCUCUGCAGGACCAGGUGACGCUGCAGUGCCUGCACGACCAGCUCUCCGCUGAGUACGAAUCGCUGAACAAGGACAAGGAGCAGCUGAAGGCGGCAGUGCGGGACUUGCGCCAGGAACUGCGCGACACCCGCGAACAGCAAGCAGCUUUGGAGCAGCGCAUCGAGGAGCUGACCACGCAGAACAACAACAUGAAGACCUGCAGCGAGGACCUAUCGAUCCUGCGCACCGAGCACUCCAAGCUCACCGACGACUUCCGCAACCUGUUCGCCACCAGCGAUCGCUUCAAGAACGAGUACAAGAACAUCCAGGAACAGUACAAGAUGGUGCGCAUGGAGCACUCGAGCCUCAAGCUGCAAAACACAGAGCUGUCUGGCGAGCUGAACACGAAGAGCGAUCAGGUGCGUCACCUGCAGGUGGAGUACAGCAAGGUGCAGCAACGAUGCGAGAUGUUGAUUCAAAACAAUGCCGAACUGGACUCGGAGCGCAAGGCCCUGAUGGACAACGUGUCCCAGCUGCUCUCGCAGUAUCAGGAACUCCUGGCCAUUUCCCUGGAGGACAAGAAGCACUUCCACGAGGAGGAGAAAAACUACACCGAACGGGUGCACAGUCUGAAGCGGCAGAAGGAGAAGCUGGAGGAGAAAAUCAUGGAGCACUACAAGAAGUCUGAGACCACGGUGCACAAGAAGAAACCCUUUGCCAGCAUGCUGGUUAGAAGAGUCAAGAAGGCCAGCUCGGAUCUGAUGAAUAAGGUUCCCAGUAGAAAUCGGCGCUCCUGGGUGGAUGAUGCCCGUACCAAUUCCCAGUUCGUGAUCGGCUCCGAAUCCGGCGGCAACGAGUCUGACAACAGCAACGAGGAGCCGCUGUCCAUUGCAUCCGACACACAUCUGCUCCAGCGGAACGUCCCGCUCCGCCAAAGCCUGCAGCGGGACUUGCUGGAUAACUCGAUUCAACGCGGCGGAGCCGUGCGCAGUAGCCUGCAGGCUCAGAAACGUACGGAUUUGAAUAACUCACGUAGAAAUAGCGUGCACGGCAGUCUUGAAGCGCCGGACGUGACUGGCAGCAGUUUGACGCUCGGCACAGCCGGCUCCCGACGCACCGUUUAUCUAAUCGAUGAGCAUCAGAAGCUGCCCGACGGUUCCUCUCCCGGCUCCGCCCAGCCUCAGUCGGGUGGAGGCGGCGGCCCCGGCAGUGCCGCAAAUCCGUCGCCCGCAGAGCCACAGACGCCGCAGAAGAGCGCGGAGAACAGUGCGCCCGUGGGCCCGGCCACGUUCCUCAUGUACAACCGGAUCAACACAACGAUCGGCGGAGCCUCAACCAGCGGCGACCAGAGUCCGCUGUUGCAGGCCAGCGGAAGCGUGGGCAGUGGCACGCCCCUGCAGGACGACAAGUCGGCCAGGAAGCGGACCGAGGACAAGAGUAACAGCAUCUGGUAUGAAUACGGCUGCGUCUAGGCAGUCAAGCGAACAGUUGACGUCCACAACAUGAACUCGAAUUUGAAUUCGAACAUAAUGCAUUUGCUGACGAAGUAUUAUUUCGUUUUAGAAAUUACGAAUUUAUUUUAAAUGUGUACUUUAGAACAUCGAUGUUGCCUUAAACUAGUUAGAAGUGUAAGUGUAAAGUGCUGCUUGAACCGCUAUGAUUUGCCUUAAGACACGUUUACAAUAAGUCCAUAUGCUGUACUAUAGUUUGUACCUAUUUAUGCAAUCUUAAAACCCUAGAAGACUACGCGCCAACUAAGCGAACUCAUAACUAUCCAGUAUACACCCCUAUAUACUAUAUACACGAAACUACACGGAAGUAUGUUACAAAUUAGUUAUACCGAUGCCUCAAUGUUACGUCCAAAGCGAAAGGCUUUCAUUUUCGUUGAUAAGGCGAUAUAUAUAUAUGUAUGUUUUGCAAACUCGACUAUCUAUAUAUUCCUAAAUACGUUGUAUGCCACACUCGUGCUCUGCUAGCAGCCAACAAACGCGCCUUCAAUUUGUGAAUAUAUUUUUAUAAAUUA